UCGCCGGCGCGUGUCGCUGUCCGCCCGGGCACAGAGGCCUCUCGCCCGGUGAGCCCGAAGCCAUAGCAUUGCUUUCAGGCGGGAAAGGUGUGGACAGGGACCGUGCUCGCCCAGGACCCUGCCGGCUUUAACAGUUUGGGAACCCGAGAAGUUGCCCAAGUCCUUUUCUCCACCAAACGCUCCUGGAUUGAGUGUCACAUAGAUAUUUGGGAUAUAGUUUUAUUGUAACAAAUGAGCAUGGCAUAAAUAAAUGGAAGGUGGCAACCUGUUGACAGCGCUUCCUGUCAAGUAUCGUCAGAUGGACUUGGGUUGCUCGCGGUAGGAAUUCAGUUUGCGGGUUUGCAUGCUUGCAUGUCCCUUGCUACCUACCACACGACAGGCCCGAGCUGUCUGCUGUUCGAGGCCAGCCCCUAGGCGAGGACUUGCUGUCUCCUAGCCAGACUGGACUCCCCGUUGUGGGAGUGGCUCAAACCCUGUUGCAGGCCAUCCCUCCCCAAAGGGGGUGAAUGCCAUUCUGGGGUGCUGAGUGCCUGCUGUGAGCACUGGAUGUGAGGCCCUGUGGAGGGUGACAAAAGGAACGGAUGAGGUCAUACUGCUGCUAGGUUGGGCUAGAGGCUGCAGCAUGAGAAGCUUGACCCAAAGGCAGUCUCCACUGUGCCAGACCAUCGUGGCCGAUGCCUCAGUGCCAGCAUUGCAGGUGGACUCCAAGGAAGGUUGCUGUCCAAGUGUUGGUUUUACCUGGUGCCAGGGGCCCAGGGAGCCUACUGUGAAGUCUGCUGCUGGCCUGUGGUCCAGUUGGCAAGGCAGAGUUUGCCAAAUGCAUGUGUUCAAUCAGCUGAAGCACUGUUGAGGCCCAAGGCUGGGAGAGACCUCCUUUGAACCCUUUAUGGCCAGGCAUUGUGUGCGGAGCACCUCCCAGGGCUUGUUUUAUAGUUUUACCAUGACCUUGGGUGGGAAAUGUGAUUCUCACUGGCCCAGUCUUGGUCUCUCUUGUCAUAGCUCCCUUUGUGAUCUCAUCCAGCCUCCUGGCUUUAAUGCCACCUUUCCUUGACAUCUUCCAUGUCUCCAUCUCCAGACCUGGCCUCCUUUCUGAGUUCCAGCCAGCUGUUUCUAGCUGCCCCUUCCACAUCUCCAUGUGUUCCUUUGAUGCCAAGUAGCCAUAUCCAAACCAAACUCCAUCUUCACCAGCCAGAAUUCUCCUGGUGCCUUUCUGAAGUCCCCUCAAUCCCUCUCUUUCUUAUACUUUCAUACAACCCUCAGGAAGCCCUGUCAGCUCACCUCCUAUUUCCAACAACAGACCAUUUCUCACCACUUAAUGUCAUGGUCCAAGCUACCAAGUGAGCCUCUAAUUCUCUUUGUUGUCACCCUUGAUCCCCAACCCCCACCCCCAUCCACCCACCUGUAGUUUUUCUGGACAUGGGGCGAUUCUUUUAAACUAUAAGGUGGUAUAAAAGUGAGGCAGUGUAGACUCCAGCUUGCCUUGGGGAUAAGGCAGUGGUACCAUUUCUAGCUUUGUGACCUUGAGCAAGUGCUUUAACCUUUGUCACAGUACUGUGAGAGCACUGGGUGAGGUAAAAUGCUUACAGCACUUAGGACGGCCUUCCUGAGGGUGGGCUGCCACUGCUGUCUUUGGAUCAUGUGGCCCAUCUCAAGAUAAGAGCCAAAGUCCUGGCAGCAGCCUGGGACACCUACCUACCCCUGUCCCACUUGCCCUCACUGACCUGGCCCACUGUCAGGCCGCUUGGGCACACCAAUCUAGCCUCCCACACCAUGCUCCUGCCCUGGGGCCUUUGCUUUUCCUCUGAGCCUUGCCACCUACCUGUUUCACUCUGUACCUUCAGGUGGAUGCUGACUGUGAGGACUUCUCUGACUCCCUUUUCUGAAGCUGCCCCCCCUUCCUCAGCCCUUUCCUUGUUUUGUUUUAGCUUGAACACAUCUCAACAUGUGUCAUAAUUCAUGUUUUUCUUAGUUGUCACUUGUCCAUCUCACCCGCUGAAAUGUGAGCUCUGCAGGGCAGGGGUUUCGCCUGUCUUGUGUCUGCAGCAUCUAGUGUGCUGUGUGUGCCACAUGGAAGGCGAUCAGCGGACCUUGUUGAGUGGAUGCAGAAAGUUUGCAGGGGGAGAGUAAGAGACUUGCCUGGGACUGCCAGCCGCUGAGCUUUGGAGCUGGGCAGGUUUCCUGCUUUCCCAGGGAGUGUAUCUUCCCUUCCCUGGCUCCAGGACUCCCUGCCCUGCACCUCUUCAAGGCGCUGCCCUGCAGCAGUUUUCACCUUUGCUUGGUGCUCCCACACUGGCUGUUUCUUAGCCUUUUAACAUGGUAGCAGAGUUCCUCAUCCCAUCCUCCCACCUCCUCGUGUCUUCUUUGAGUUAGCUUUUUCUGCCCCAGAACCAUGGAUUGACUUACGAGGGUCUCUGCAGGCCUGUCGGGUCGGAGGGCCUAGUCCUGGUCUUACUCGUGGUCUGGAGCGCUAGGCAUGCCGACCUAUGCGUCCCUUCUCUGAGGUGGUCUCUCUUGCUUGCCAGGAGAUUGGCCUCGCCCCACUUGGUGCUCCUCACACCCACCUGGCUGCUGGCUGCAGCACUCUGAAGGCAGUGGUCAGCUCUGUGCUGUAUUGCCUUGAUGCUGAGCACCUCUGAUGGACAUGCCUUUGGGAAGGUUUUGUGUUAAAUUCCUAUUGAGUUAAAAAGUGUUAGGACAUCUUAGAAUCUAGAAAUACAGUGACAGUGCAGUGGUCAUUGCCCUGCCAACAUGCCCAGACCCUGGGGACCUUGUCACUUGUUCACGUAGCACCUCCCUCUGAGUAGACAGUUAGCCAAUAGUUGUGAAGUAUAUUGAUGAAACCUAAAGCAGCCUCUGAUUUUCAUGUUGUGUUCCUUUCAAAGUACAACCACCAUACUCUGUCCCAAACUUCUCAAAUGUGUGAUGUCUACUGUCUCCUGUUCCUUCUGGGAGUCUUUGGAGUAGUCCCUAAAACCAAUCAGGCUGUCACAUGGCGUGGGCAUGCGUGUGUGCGUCUGUACCAGUGUGCACAGCAUGCGCAUGGGUGUGUUUCUGUGCACGUCAUGGGAAUGUGCAUGUACAUGUGUGUCUGCAUGUACUUCUCCUGCUGGGCCCCUGGGUUUUCUGCCCCCCACCCCCCGCCUUCUCUGCCUCGUGUCAUCCAUCCCACCUGUCAUGCUUCCUCUGUAGUGAGGCUUCCUAGAGUUGCAUCCUUAACCCUCAGGCAGCUAUCCUCCUGUGGCCUGGCAGCUUGCUCCUCGUUGGUGCGUGUUGGCCUUCCGUCCCUGUGCACAUCACGGCACCUGUCAGUCUCUGCAGGCUCCUGCCUAGGUGCUGGAAUCCGUGUGUCCCUCCAGGGGAGGAGCCUUGCUCAUCUCAGUUCCCUCUUUUCUCUGCUCCCCACCUCCAUUGGGUCAACAAGUGUGCCAGUUCUGUGGCCCUGUUCUUGAUGUCUCCAGCCCCAUUACUAGGGCCUCUUUCACACCUUCGUCCUCUGGCGUGGAAGACUGUCCCAUGCCUCUGGUGCUGUUGCCUCUGCUUGGCACAGCUGUGAGUGUCUUUUCUCAAAUAGAGACCUAAUUCUGACCCCAAAGUUGCUUCACCCUUGGUGGAUCCUAUUGUCCCUGUCGUGGAGCCAGGCUGCAGGUGACACCCAGGAUUCUCUGUGCCUUGGCUCCCGUUGUCUCCUGUAGCUCUCCCCUACACCUUGGCAGGCUCCGUUCCCCACAGCCACCCACCCCUCUCGUCUACCCAGAACAACUAUGCCGCCACCUCUGGUGACCUCAGCACGCUGCAUCACUAUCCCAGUCCACGUGCCACCUUGUGGGCCCAGGAGAGCCCUGGGGCCUGGGUAGCAGGGCGCCUGGCCAAUCCUCUGAGGCCCUAGUGCCGCAGAGCUGAGCCGAGGGCCUGGCGCUCACCCUCUGACUGACCCAGCCCUUGCAGGUGGAAGAAGAAAGGUGCCACUCUGGCAUGAAGACAGACUCGCUUAGUCGCCAGUCACUUAAGCUGAGUGCAUUGUGAUUUCCAAUAAUUGAGGCAGUGGUUCUAAAAGCUGUCUACAUUAAUGAAAAGAGCAAUGUGGCCAGCUUGACUAAGCCGCCAGCACACAGCGCGGCAGGACGCGCCCGGGUUUCGGCGGACUUGUGCAUGUUAGCUGUGUAGAUUUAUGUGAGGGCUUGUAAAACUCUGGUCUUUUAAAGUAGUCUUAAGCACUUUUAAUAUGGAGACAGAUGAGAGCCCCUCUCUGCUCCCGUGUGGGCCCGCAGGAGAAGCGGUGAUGGAGAGCCGAGCUCGCCCCUUCCAAGCGCUGCCCCGUGAGCAGUCUCCACCACCUCCCCUGCAAACGUCCAGUGGUGCAGAGGUAAUGGACGUUGGCUCUGGUGGUGAUGGACAGUCCGAACCCCCUGCUGAGGACCCCUUCAACUUCUACGGAGCUUCUCUUCUCUCCAAAGGAUCCUUCUCUAAGGGCCGCCUCCUCAUAGACCCGAACUAUAGUGGCCACAGCCCGCGCACCGCCCGGCACGCACCUGCGGUCCGGAAGUUCUCCCCUGACCUUAAGUUGCUUAAGGAUGUAAAGAUUAGCGUGAGCUUUACUGAGAGCUGCAGGAGUAAGGACAGGAAGGUGCUGUACACAGGAGCGGAGCGUGACACGCGGGCAGAAUGCGGUCUGCUCCUUAGCCCUGUCAGUGGGGACGUGCAUGCUUGUCCCUUUGGCGGGAGUGUUGGUAAUGGGGUAGGCGUAGGGGGUGAGAGUGCGGAUAAGAAGGAUGAGGAGAAUGAGCUGGAUCAGGAAAAGAGAGUGGAGUAUGCAGUGCUCGAUGAGUUAGAAGAUUUUACUGACAAUUUGGAGCUAGAUGAAGAAGGAGCAGGCGGGUUCACGGCUAAAGCAAUCGUUCAAAGAGACAGAGUGGACGAAGAAGCCUUGAAUUUCUCCUACGAGGAUGACUUUGACAAUGAUGUGGAUGCUCUGUUGGAAGAAGGCCUUUGUGCUCCCAAAAAGAGGCGAACAGAGGAGAAAUACGGAGGAGACAGUGACCAUCCCUCUGAUGGAGAGACGAGUGUGCAGCCGAUGAUGACCAAGAUUAAGACAGUGCUCAAAAGUCGUGGCCGCCCACCUACGGAACCGCUGCCCGAUGGGUGGAUCAUGACAUUCCAUAACUCCGGAGUCCCCGUGUACCUACACAGAGAGUCUCGGGUGGUCACCUGGUCCAGGCCAUACUUCUUGGGAACGGGAAGCAUACGGAAGCAUGACCCUCCUCUGAGUAGCAUCCCUUGCCUACAUUAUAAGAAAAUGAAGGACAAUGAGGAGCGGGAGCAAAACAGUGAGCUCACCCCCAGUGGGGAAGUGUCCCCCAUCAAGCCCUUGACCCGAUCCGUAGAGCUGGAGUUCCCCCUGGAUGAUCCUGACUCCAUGGGCGCUGACUCAGGGCCACCGGAUGAGAAGGACCCGCUAGGGGCUGAGGCAGCCCCUGGGGCCCUGGGGCAGGUGAAGGCCAAAGUUGAGGUGUGCAAAGACGAGUCAGUUGAUCUUGAGGAAUUUCGGAACUACCUAGAGAAGCGUUUUGACUUUGAGCAAGUUACUGUGAAAAAAUUCAGGACUUGGGCUGAGCGGCGGCAGUUCAACCGAGAAAUGAAGCGGAAACAGGCCGAGUCUGAGAGGCCCAUCUUGCCAGCCAAUCAGAAGCUCAUUACUUUAUCGGUGCAAGACGCACCCACAAAGAAAGAAUUUGUCAUUAACCCCAAUGGGAAAUCCGAGGUCUGCAUACUGCACGAGUACAUGCAGCGAGUCCUCAAGGUCCGCCCUGUUUAUAAUUUCUUUGAAUGCGAGAACCCAAGUGAGCCUUUUGGUGCCUCGGUGACCAUUGAUGGUGUGACUUAUGGAUCUGGAACUGCAAGCAGCAAAAAACUUGCGAAGAAUAAAGCUGGAGACCGUUCUGCCCCAGCAUCAGCGUUAUUUGGCCUCUUCUCAGCCCGAGCCACCCUGGAAAUCCUCAUCCCUGACUUUGUUAAACAGACCUCUGAGGAGAAGCCCAAGGACAGUGAAGAGCUUGAGUAUUUUAACCACAUCAGUAUCGAGGACUCACGGGUCUAUGAGCUGACCAGCAAGGCCGGGCUGUUGUCUCCAUAUCAGAUCCUCCACGAGUGCCUUAAAAGAAACCAUGGAAUGGGUGACACGUCCAUCAAGUUUGAAGUGGUUCCUGGGAAAAACCAGAAGAGCGAAUACGUCAUGGCGUGUGGCAAGCACACAGUUCGUGGGUGGUGUAAAAAUAAGAGAGUUGGAAAACAGUUAGCCUCUCAGAAAAUCCUUCAGCUGCUGCACCCACAUGUCAAGAACUGGGGGUCUUUACUGCGCAUGUAUGGCCGCGAGAGCAGCAAGAUGGUCAAGCAGGAGACCUCGGACAAGAGUGUGAUCGAGCUGCAGCAGUACGCCAAGAAGAACAAGCCCAACCUGCACAUUCUGAGCAAGCUGCAGGAGGAGAUGAAGAGGCUGGCAGAGGAGAGGGAGGAGACUCGGAAGAAGCCCAAGAUGUCAAUUGUGGCGUCUGCCCAGCCUGGCGGCGAGCCCCUGUGCACUGUGGAUGUGUGAGGAGGCAGCACAGGCCGGGGCGCGGGGGCCGCCAGCGGCACUGCUGAGGAGACCACCAGUCACGCAUCGCUCAUCGCAGAGUCAGACCUCCAACCUGAGUUCCUCCCCUGUGGCCAGUGUGUCUGAGGGCCUGGGCCAGAGGUGGGGGCUCUAGCACACAGGGACAGUCAUGACCACACAGCACACACGUGAGGCAAUGGUUCUCCCUUCGAAGCUCUCCCAGGCCUAAUGGAUGUGUUAAAGGAUCAACUCUGAGUACCUCACGGGUGGAAGCUGGUAGUUUCUAGACAGCUGUAGACCGUGUUUGUGUGUACCUGCUGCAGACUGUCUUUAUGAAGGUUUUCAUGAAUUUUAGUAUGUAACGUGCACUGACAGCAAAUGAUACUGAUGAUGGAUGAGUUGAGAAAGGAUGUUGAGUGCUGUGGCCGUGGCUGGCCUGUGGUGCCAGGUGGCCCCUGUGCCCAGGACUCCUGCAGAGCCUCUGCGGGGAGCUGGCCAGAGGUGCAUGUGGCACUUCGCCCCCACCUGCCUUCUGUGUUUUCCCUUUUUCUCUGAAAAAGUUAUAACAGUUAGGAGUAUUUCAGACCUUCUUGGUUUAAAAUAACAGACUUUUAGCAUCAGCACUACUUUUCAGAGAUUGCAGGCAAACCAUUGACAGGGUGGUUGCUCUCUAGCCUAGACGUGAUGCCAGCAGGGACGACAACGUCCUGCAGCCCCCAGUGUCGCUGCCUGCUGCAGCCCACUGUUCCGAUCAAGUCUUAAUGCCCUAAGGUCACGCCUCCCUGGACACUGAGGCCCCACAUUCGCUGGCCUCUGGCAACGGUUUUUUACAAAGAUUUUUGCACAGUCAAGUCCAUCUGUCCACUUAUCGAUUUUUAAAGUUUUUGAUAUUUCAGCAUUUGGAAAGAAACUUUUACAGUGAGGGUAGAAGGUAGAUUUGGAAUCAUGCAUUUUAGCAAGUGGACUUGUUUAAACAGAAAGCAAGGGCCCUUCAGUGCAGUCCACUCUCGACACGGAGCUGGCCAAGCGCAUGUCAGGUUGCUGCCUCCCGGUGACAGUGGCUUCCCUGGAUCUUGAAGGCAGCCACCCCAUGCAGCCAGGCCCCACACCCAGUUUGCUUCUUGCCUGGCACCGGUGCUUGAUGGGCCCCUGUAGAUGGAGCAGAGUUGGAACUGUGCUCCUGUUGUGUCCCAGGGCAUGAGGUUGUACUCAGAGCCUUAUCCACAGCACCUUUCGAGGCUGCCGUGUGCUUGUGCCAUGCCAACCAAUGCAGGAGCCCAGCAUUCUGCGGCAUCUGCCCCAUCAUGCUGCCCAUGGGUGGUGGUGAUGGUGUUUUUGUCCAGAAGAUGGAAUGUCAGCCUGUGGGUCACCCAUAGCAUAUCCCUCCCUCACCACCUGUGUGACCAAGGUUGGCUUCUGUGUUGACCUUUCAAAAGAAACCCCUGAAUCAAGUUGCUAUAAUUAGAUACUUGCUUCUGUCUUGCCUUAUGUCUGCAGCUGUGAAUAAUCCUUUGACUGUAACUGUUGCCCUUAGACAGCCAGAUGCGUCUGUGAACCAAAGCUUUGUGCACACCUGUCCCCCUAGAGGCCAGGGAGCCUCACUGUGGCUCACUGGUCCCCUCGCACUGUGUUCCCCUCUGUCCACCAAGUGUGGGUGCAAGUUGCGUGCAGUCCUGCUGUGGGGGAGCCUGUGCGGAUGCCCCUGGGCACUGGGCCAUGGCUGGAAGGCAAGCCUGUAUUGUCUGAACGCAUAAAGCAAACUGUCCAAAAGGAGUGGCUGCUGUUUUUCUUCUGAGGGCAGGAGCUGAGGGGCUCAGGGGCCCUCAGCUGCCUAUCCUGGACCCUCUGUGGGGUGGGUGCCUUCUGGACACAGUGGCUUCUAUAGGGCUGAGCAGCACUUCAAUGUGGCUCUGGGUCCCUCCUUGAUCACUGUCCUCCCUCCUGGGCUGAGGGUUUGAGGGCCCUUCCCUUGGUCAGGUGCAGGAGUGGCAACUGCUGUCCACGCUGGGGAAGGCAGGUGGCCUCAGCUUACUGCCCAGUGCCCACCACCCAGCACUCCCAGGUGGUGUUUGUUUCUGAGAUCUGCAUCUCUGCCUCUUCAUGGGUUUAAGUGUAAAAUUCAACAUUCUGUUAAAA